AUGGUUCAAGACAAGGUCUGCACCUUGAUCGUUGAUGGAGGAAGUUGUACUAAUGCAGCCAGUGAAGAGAUGGUUCAGAAGCUUAAUCUCAAGACCACUUCACAUCCAAGACCGUAUCAGCUACAGUGGUUGAACAACAAGGGAGCUUUAACAGUUUCGCAGCAAGUGAUGGUGAACCUAACGAUUGGGAAGUAUGAGGAUGAGUUGCUAUGUGAUGUGAUUCCAAUGAAGUCAAGUCAUAUUCUGUUGGGAAGACCAUGGCAGUGCGACAGAAGAGUGUUUCAUGAUGGCUACACUAACAAGCAGUCAUUUGAGUUCAAGGGACGCAAGAUCACUCUUUUGCCACUUACACCCAACGAAAUCUACAAGGACCAGCUUCACAUGAACCGCAAGGAUACAGGGAAAGUGUCUCACAGCCUGUACAUCAAUCAUAGUGAGUUCAACAAGCUAUUUGAUCCAGAGAUGACCACAUUCACGUUUGUGUAUAAGGAGACACUCACCAGUACUAAGUCAGCACAAGAGCUUCCACGCGAGAUGAUAGAGAUUAUAGAGGAGUACAAGGAUGCUAAGCAUUCUGCUACUCUCUUCUCUCCUUUUGAAAUUGUUUAUGGUUUUAACCCACAAUCACCUAUAGACUUGAUUCCUUUACCUUUAAGUGUGAAGUGUAGCUUUGAUGGCAAAGAAAAGGCUGAACAG